AUGGUAGAAGAUGGAGAUGCAGCAGAUAAUAUAGGGUUGGGAGAUCAGGAAGAAAAAGGGGCUAGUGAAGAUGAAGAGUUUUUUGAAAAUGGUGAGGAUGAGCAGUAUUCUGUAGAAUCGAAUGACUUCAUGAGGUUAGUUGAGGAUGGAGAUAAAGCUUUGUAUCCCGGUUGUACCAAGCACACAAAGUUAAAUGCACUUAUACAGACUUAUAACCUUAAAGCAAAACAUGGAAUGUCCGAUGUGUGCUAUUCUGACAUGUUGAUCAUGAUCGGAAUAUUUCUCCCUGAGGGUAAUGAGAUACCUGGUUCGCAUUAUGAGGCUAAGAAGACUUUGGCUACAUUAGGAAUGGACUAUAAAAAGAUCCAUGCAUGUCCUAAUGACUGUAUUUUGUACAGAGGACAGCAUGCUGAUGCGAGUAGUUGUCCUACAUGUGGGGAGUCUAGGUGGAAAUUAGGCAAAGAUAAUAUCGAGAAGCAAGGGGUACCCGGGAAGGUGUUGUGGUACUUUCCCCCAAUCCCACGUUUCAAACGCAUGUUUCAAUCGACAAAAACUUCCCAUAACCUAACUUGGCAUGCGAAUGAAAGGAGGAAGGAUGAGUUUAUGCGUCAUCCUGCAGAUGCCCCUACUUGGAAGUUAGUGGACCAAAAAUGGCCAGAAUUUGGUAAUGACCCUAGGAACCUUAGACUUGCACUUUCAUCUGAUGGUUUUAAUCCCCACAGCUCUUUGAGUAGUAGAUAUUCAUGCUGGCCAGUUAUACUAGUUACGUAUAACCUCCCUCCAUGGCUAUGCAUGAAAAGGAAGUUCAUGAUGCUGACUUUAUUGAUUUCUGGACCUAAGCAACCCAGAAAUGACAUUGAUGUAUACAUGCAGCCCUUGAUUGACUAUUUAAAAGCUUUGUGGGAUGGGAUAGAUGAAGUGUAUGAUGCAUUUAGAGGAGAAUACUUUAAACUGAGAGCUGUUUUGUUUUGGACGAUUAACGACUUUCCCGCUUAUGGGAACUUAUCGGGUAGUGUUACUAAGGGGUACAAUGGCUAUCUUGUAUGUUGUGAGAACACAAAACCACAUCGGCUAUCUCAUGGACAGAAAAUGAGCCAUAUUGGUCACCGGAGAUGGUUACCACGCCAUCAUCCUUACCGAAGGCUGACCAAAGAGUUCAAUAACUUACCGGAGUUUGAAACUGCCCCUGAACCCUUAAGUGGAGAAGAGGUAUUAAAAAGGGUUGAGGGCAUGACCUGGUCAUUCAGUAAAAAGAAUCCUCUUCCAAUAUAUAAGGGUUUGGAAGACCAAACCAGACCUUGUUGGAAGAAGAAGUCCAUAUUCUUCGAACUUGAGUAUUGGAAAUUUCUUCCGGUUCGACAUAAUCUCGAUGUCAUGCACAUUGAGAAGAAUGUAUGCGAUAGUAUUAUUGGUACAUUAUUCAAUAUUCCUGGAAAAACGAAAGAUGGAGUCGCUGCUAGGUUGGAUCUGGUGGAAAUGGGCAUAAGGACUGGUUUGGGACCAACACCAGGGCAAAAGAAAGACAAGUUGCCUUUGGCAAGUUGGAAUCUGCUGCUAGAAGAGAAGAGAGCAAUGUGCAUGUCUUUUUUCAAUAUGAAGGGUCCUUACGGCAUUUCCUCAAAUAUAAGGAACCUUGUUUCCUUAGAUGACUUAAGGCUGGUUGGUCUCAAAUCACAUGAUUGUCAUAUGGUGAUGCAACAGCUACUACCGAUUGCUAUACGUUUAAGUUUGGAGAAACCAGUCCGGUUUGCAAUCAUUCGGUUUUGUCUCUUUUUUAAGGCAAUAUGCAGCAAAGUGAUAGAUGUUAGGAAGCUGAAAAAAAUGCAAGAAGAUCUAGUUUUGACAGUUUGUGAGCUUGAGAAGUAUUUUCCACCAUCCUUCUUUGAUAUCAUGAUUCAUCUCACAGUCCAUCUUGUUAGAGAAGUUGAGCUUUGUGGACCAGUUUUCUUUAGGUGGAUGUACCCUUUUGAAAGGUACAUGAAAACCCUCAAAGGGUAUGUUAGAAAUCGAAACCAUCCAGAGGGUUGCAUUGCUGAGUCAUAUGUUGUUGAAGAAGCAGUGGAAUUUUGCUCAGAUCGUAUACUUUCUGGUGAAAAUACAGUUGGCAUCCCAUCAAUAGGCAUUUUUGAUGAAAGCUGCACCAAACCGUUAUCUGGUGCUACUGUUGUGUCCAUUUAUGGAAGGGAGUUGGAACUAGCACAUCUUUGUGUAUUACAGAAUACAGAGGAGGCAAGACCAUACUUCAUUAAGCAUAUGGAGAUUUUGGAGCUUACCUAUCCUAAAUUCAAAGAUAAUCAGAACUGGUUGACUAAUAAGCAAAAUAAAACUUUUGCUAAGUGGAUUAAGGAGAAGGUUCUUGAAGAAUUCAGCAAUCCUAAUAAUGAUAUCUCUGAAACUUUAAGGUGGAUUGCAGAUGGACCAAAUCCAGAUGUACCUACUUUUUGUAGUUACAUGGUUAACGGGGUUCAUUUCAAUACCAAAGAACGCAACGAUGUAAGAAAAGUGCAAAACAGCGGUGUUAGCCUACAUGCCUGUGCUUUACAAGUAGCUAGUGCAAAGGACAAAAACCCAAAAUUGGAUGAUAUGCAAUUUUAUGGAGUGAUUACAACAAUUUGGGAGAUGGACUAUCAAAGGUUUAGAAUUCCUGUGUUCAAGUGCGAUUGGGUUGAAAACGCCAAAGGCAUUAAAGUAGAUGAGUUUGGGUUUACGUUGGUAAACUUGAAUAGGAUAGGUCAUGUGAGUGAUCCUUUUGUUUUAGGUAAGGAUGUGAAACAAGUAUGGUAUGUAGCUGAUCCUCUUGAUGAUGAUUGGUCAGUAGUUAUAACAUGUCCUGAUAGAGAUUAUGCAAAUGAUAGUGAUGAAGCAGAAGAGCUUGAAAAUUUGGAAUUUGAGUAG